CCUGGCACGCCUUUCUUCUUCCCUCUUUUCCUCCUUCUCUUCCUCGCUCUCUCGACCUUUUCUUUCUCAUCGUCUCUUGCGCUAUCCUCGUUCACACUUCUACCGCUCCAUCACCAUGUCCGAGAUCACUCACCCCACUAUCAAGGAUGGCUGGUUCUCCGAGCAGUCCGAGAUGUGGCCUGGCCAGGCCAUGAACCUCAAGGUCAAUCAGAUCCUGCACCACGAGAAGUCCAAGUACCAGGACGUCCUCGUCUUCGAGAGCAGCGACUACGGCACUGUUCUCGUCUUGGAUAAUGUCAUCCAGUGCACCGAGCGGGAUGAGUUCUCCUAUCAGGAGAUGAUCACCCACCUGGCCAUGAACUCUCACCCCAACCCCAAGAAGGUCCUGGUCAUUGGUGGUGGAGAUGGCGGUGUCCUCCGUGAGGUCGUCAAGCAUGACACCGUCGAGGAAGCUAUCCUGUGCGAUAUCGACGAGGCCGUCAUCCGUGUCUCUAAGAAGUACCUCCCCGGAAUGAGCAUCGGCUUCCAGCAUCCCAAUGUCAAGGUCCACGUUGGUGAUGGCUUCGAGUUCCUCAAGCAGCGUCAGAACGAGUUCGACGUCAUCAUCACCGACAGUUCUGACCCCGAGGGUCCUGCUGAGAGCCUCUUCCAGAAGCCCUACUUCGAGCUUCUGCGCGAUGCGCUCCGUGAGGGAGGUGUCAUCACCACACAAGCCGAGAACCAAUGGCUUCACCUUUCCCUGAUCACCGACCUGAAGAAGGCCUGCAGCGAGGUCUUCCCCGUCGCCGAAUACGCCUACACCACCAUCCCCACCUACCCAUCCGGCCAGAUCGGCUUCAUGGUCUGCUGCAAGGACCCCAACCGCAACGUGCGCGAGCCCGUUCGCACCUGGACUCGCGAGGAGGAGGACCGUCACUGCCGCUACUACAACCAGGAUAUCCACCGGGCUAGCUUCGUUCUUCCCAACUUUGCCCGCAAGGCUUUGCAGAACUAGAUUAGUACAUCGGUCUCCCUUGCACCCACCCCUUUUGAAAUGAUUCUGUUUGGGGCGGUCGAUGUUUUCCAUCUAGAGGCGCCGUGUGGUGGCUGGCUGAUAAUCAAUGAUGAUUUGAUGAUGAUGAAUACAACAAGGGUUUCUUCGUUCUCCUGUCUUUUAUUACAUUCCUCCUUUGUGAUGAUAAUGCCCCACUUAUUUUCUACAGUGAAGGGAGCGGUCGUGCCUGUGACAUGCAGCAAUAGAGGAUAAAAAAGUAUUCUGUAGUAUUGUGCUGUCUUGUCUUUAUCUUAGGGGUCGUACAUUGUAUAUUGACAGACAUAUUUGUGAAAUUUCGUAGUUGGAAUUUUACAUCUCUACAUUUCUAUAAUGGAGAUCAACUGAACAGGAACAUGGUAUUCUUCAUUUUUGUGCU